ACACCACACCGUAUUUAUUUCAAAGUUAAUUUUCUCUCUCUUCACCAAAGAAAUCUGGAAAACUCUCUCAUUCUCAAAUAAACCCUAGCCGCCGCCUCCUCCCUCCUUCAGUGUCUCCGGCGGUCUUUACAUUGCUCCACCAUCUUCAUUUUUGAAAAUCCAUCACCAUAAAAAGAGUCCCCUCCAUCUUCUCUACAAAACCCAUUUAAAAAUAUCAGGAACGGACAACCUUCGCCGGUGACCACCACCCCGGAGCUUGCAACCACCGCGCCGGGAAAGAGCUUACGUGUUUUCAUCCCAAUCUUGUAUGUUGUCCAGAUCUUUACAUAUUUUGUUUCCAUUACAUGCAACAACAACAAUACAAAUAUGAAAUUGGAGUAGAUCCCUAAAACAACAAAACGAAGCAGCUCCGACAAAACAUUAAACUGGAGUGGCGCUAAACUUCAUUUGGCCGGAUAACGGAAGCUUGCUGUUCAGAUACUGAAUGUCCUGUUUUUCUAGGGAAAUAAAUCAUGGUCUGGAAUAUUAUAAGUAGGAGAACUCAUCUCUCACCAUACCUUACGGCUUUGCGAAAUUCCUCAGAAUUCAGGGGCCAAUCGAUUAUUCCUGAAGGACUAGGUUAUAACAUAAUUAAUCCUAGUACUGGAUUCCAGCGUAAUUUCUAUUGUAAAACUCGGUUGUCAAGGUUUAAGCAGGAAUUGAUUACAACGUCGUUCCAUCAGUCUUACCGCUCUUCAGCUUUUGCUUCACAGAAUGUUGGAAGGUUGUGUUCCAUGCCUGGUUUCCGACACUUCUCAUCUCAUGCAUAUGCAUCCACAGAGAAAAAAUCACAAAAGAUGCUUAUGUACUUGACAGGCUUGGUCUUUGGAAUGGUUGGAUUGUCAUAUGCUGCAGUUCCCCUUUACCGGAGAUUUUGCCAAGCAACUGGCUAUGGGGGAACUGUUACCCGGCGUGAGAGUGUUGAAGAAAAGAUUGCAAGGCAUGAUAGCAAUCAAACAGUCACCUCAAGGGAAAUUGUGGUACAGUUCAAUGCUGAUAUUGCAGAUGGGAUGCAAUGGAAGUUUGUUCCUACACAGAGAGAGGUUAGGGUGAAGCCCGGAGAAAGUGCCCUUGCAUUUUAUACCGCAGAAAACCAAAGUUCUACUCCGAUAACCGGUGUUUCUACAUAUAAUGUCACUCCUAUGAAGGCUGCAGUUUACUUUAAUAAAAUACAAUGCUUCUGUUUUGAGGAGCAGCGACUGCUUCCUGGAGAGAAGAUUGACAUGCCUGUAUUCUUUUAUAUUGAUCCGGAAAUUGAGGACGAUCCUAAAAUGGAUGGUAUAAAUAACAUAAUAUUAUCAUAUACUUUCUUCAAGGCUUCUGAAGAAUAAGACCAACUUGAACAUAUGAGACUUAAAUAAAGGGCAAACCAGAAGUCCCGAAGCUCAUCCAUGAAGCUCAAGUUGUAUUACCGAUUUUUGGUGACCGAUGAAGGAUUAAACUUCAUAUUGUAAUUUAUUCUGUCUUACAUUCUUUGUCUUACACUUCGUUUCUAAAUUAUGAAGUUAUUUCUUCCGAUGAAAGUGUUGGAAAACAACCCCUGGGACCGGGCUUUGAAGGUUCCAGGGAAUCAUUAUUUACCUUGCUAGAUCAGUGUUGCUUAGGGUUAGUUUAUUGUAUCAUCUGGAAUGCAACAGACACCUGGCAAGGGUGAAGAACCUCUAGAUAUUAGCCAUUUAGAUGAUCAUCAUGCUAUCGAUUGUAAAAACUACAGAGGGAUGAAUCUUGAUUUUAGUUUAACGGGGUCAUGUAUCGUUUCGUUUAUAUAUUUAAUGAAAUCCCAUUAUUUUCAAUAA